CUUUCACCCGCUACGUGUUGUCAUUUCUUUUCUCUUGAAAAGUUUUCACCCGUUGUAAUGUCUACUUCAAAAGUUUCUUUUCUUGUUCGAAUUGAUAAAGCAAUCUCUUCUUAUUUCGAAGAUAAACCAACCUUAUGGUCAUACGAUAGCUUCCUCAAAAAAUUGAAGCCAUUAAUUAUGGAAGACGAAGGUGCUGAACUUCCAUCAGUUUGGCGAAAAAGAUUUUUGACGGCACUGAAGGAAAUACCUGACGAUGAUACAAAAGAUGAACAAGUACGAUAUAUUGCAAACCUUUUAAGUAAACAGCUUGGAGAUAUCAUUUCUCCUAAAACUGUGUAUGGGGUGUGCGUUGCACAAAAUCCAGGGGGGUGUCGUCCUUUGUUCUUGCAAACAGUUCUAUGGGGGUGUCGUUCUUCCUUGGACUCCUGGGAUGUCAAAUUAACGGCAACCAAUGCAAGCUUUUGGAAAAAGCUAAAAAUGAAAAAGCUAAAAAUGGAAAAAAAUCGCAAGUCAUCUGAAGCUAAACUUCAUCAUAAAAAGUCUAAAUUCAUAUUAAACUCGCAGAUCGAAGCGUUAGGUGUAUUGGAAUUAGCACGGACAUUGCAGACUAUUCAGGCUACUAACGAGCUUGGUCAAUAUAUUAAUAAAAUAGUAACAAUACCCACGAUGAAUAUUCUUGAAAUUGUCAACCCCGCUAAAUGUUAUGAGCAAGAAGAUGAUGAAUCUACAAAACCCGAUGAAGGAACCAUUGCUACUACUUUGACGCAAGAUGAAGACCAAAGAUUAUUGUUAAAGAAACACCAAUUAGAAAUCGAAGAGCUAGAAUUACCUAAAUCGAAAAAAAUUGAAGCUGUAACUGAUUUUGCGCAAGGUGAAGAUCGAAGAUUGGUAUUAAGGGAACGCCGGUUAUCAAUAGAAGAACGCGAAAACUUUCCAGAACAAAUAGACAAGUCUACACUGUUACAUAUGAUGUCGAGCCAAGUUUGCCUGAUGCCUGCCAUGUGUAAAUGCACCGCCUACACCCAUGCCAGCUGA